CAGCAGGCCUGGCUCAGGCCACACAUGGGCUCCGACUGCCGCCUCCAGGGCGUGCCCGGCGCCACCGGGUGGCCGCCCGCCGCCGGUUCCGCUCCGAGGGCCCCGCGCUGGCGAUGGCGGGGCGCCUGCUGGGCCCGAGCCUGAUGCAGGGCGACUUCGUGGACGGCGUCGUGCGCUCCGCGGUGUCGGGCCUGAUCGGCCAGCUGAAGCGCGAGUAUCAGAAGGAGAUCCAGAGGGAGCUGCAGGCAGCCCACGAGGGCGCCCCCGCCCAGCGCCAUCCGCCCUUGGCGGAGCCUGCGGAGCGCGCCAGCGAUGCGCGCGGGGCCGCCGCGAGGCCGCCCGCGCCCGCGCUGCGGGCCGCUGCGGCGCCGGGCGGGGCGGAGAUGCACGGGAGGGCGCUGGUGAUCCCGGAGCCGCCGCCGUCGGCGCCGCCCGCCAUCGUGGAGCACGCGUGGUCUCUGGAGCCGCCCGGGCCCGAGGGGCUGGAGCCGCUGUCGCUGCUGCCGCCCGCCAGCCAGGGCCACAGCGGGCGCCGAGAGGGCUCCGACGGAGUGGUGCGGAUGCCCUCGGGCCCGGCCAUGCCUGGCGUGCCCGAGGAGGCGGCGAGCGACGAGGA